CAGGGACUUUAUUUCCAUGCAAACAUUUUAGAGACAUUGCUGCAUGUUUUCCCCGAGCUCUGAAGAGUGAGCGACCUCCAUCCUCCCUCUGGAAGGGCUUUGGGGUGACCCCCCGCUCCCUGUGCCCGUCCACCCAGGGCCCUUCGGUGGGUGCCGAGGAGGAGAUCUGGGUGCUGGGGCAGCUGUUGCGCCGAGCAGCUCCGCGCCGCCGAGUUGGGUAACCAUAGCAACAGCAUCACCGCCAGCAUCCUCCUCCUCCUCCUCACUCGCUCUCCUCCUCCUCAGCAUCAUCAGGAGCAGCAGCAGCAGCAGCCCUGGCAGGAGCCAGAGCCCGGCAGCCGAGGCUGCAGCCAGCCGCCUGCCGUCCCCUACCUGCACCGUCACCCCGCCACAGCACCGGCACCGGCCCCGCUGCUCCCCAACGGGGGCAGGAAUAGGGGAGAGGGAGCUGAGGGAGGUGCACUGCAGAGGGAUCCCAGACAACCCAGGUGAUGACCUGAAAAAAUCAUGUCUGAGGUCCAGGGAACGGUCGAGUUUUCUGUGGAACUACACAAAUUCCAUAAUGUGGACCUUUUCCAGAGAGGGUAUUACCAGAUAAGAGCUGGGCUGAAAAUCCCAUCCAGGAUUCCUCACAGGCUGUUUGCUACAAUUGCGGGACAGACAGGUGAUUCCAGCCUUUGCUCGGCCUGCGUGCAUGAAAACAACGUUUACAGCAGAAUAUUUCAGAUUUUGUACAGGAACGAAGAGAUCAUUCUUAAUGAAACAAUGAACUUCAGAGUACACCUGCUUCUGGAUGGUGAAAGGGUGGAAGAUGCAUUGAGUGAGGCAGACUUUCAGCUCAAGUUGGACCUGCACUUUACUGAUAGUGAACAACAGCUGAGAGAUGUUCCAGCCAUUCCCAUGAUCAGCAGCCGUACACUGUGUCUUCACUUCCACCCCCGGAGAGGUCUGCACCACCAUGUUCCUGUCAUGUUUGACUAUUUUCACCUGUCAGUGAUAUCCGUCACUGUGCAUGCGUCACUGGUAGCAUUACACCAGCCUCUGAUCAGUUUUGCUCGUCCAGGGAAAGGAUCAUGGCUUGGUAAAGGCAACCUGGAUGCGGGACCAGACCAGUCCAGUAUGUCAUUAGAAAAUCUAGUGUUUGGAGCUGGCUACUGCAAACCUACUUCAUCAGAGGGCAGCUUUUAUGUCCCAUCUGAAAACUGCAUGCAGCAUGCAUACAAAUGGCAUAAGGACCUCUGUCUUCUGCUCUUGAAUGCUCAAAGAGGACUUCACAUGUACUACACCCUCAUAAUGAAGGAGAUUCCUGAUUUACCACAGCUGAAGUUGGAAGAGCUUUCCACGGAAGACACGUUAUCUCAGCUUUGUACAGAGCUGCAGCUGCUGAGCAACCCAGAGAAGAUAGCAGAACAGAUAAGCAAGGACCUCGCCUGGCUUUGCUCCCACCUCCUGGCCCUGUGGACCCAGUUCCUGGAGGUGGCAACACUCCAUACAGAAGUCACAGCUUAUCUGACUCAGGAGCAUCAUAUGCUAAGGGUAAGGAGAUUCUCAGAAGCCUUCUUCUACACUGAGCACCAGAAACUUGCUGUGCUGACAUUCCAGGAAGGCCUGAUCCAAAGUCACGGACAGAUUUCUACAGAAAUUCGUAAUUCAGAGUACUUCACCAGCAUGCCCCCGCUGCCAGCGGAAUGCCUCGACAUAGAUGGGGACUGGAACACACUUCCAGUUAUUUUUGAAGACAGGUAUAUGGAUUUGCCUUGCAAAGAUCAGAAUUUGGAUGUUUUCCCAGAUUUUGAGGUUCCUGAACAUACGCAAAUGGAUGUAAUAGACAAGGAAGAUUUUUCAUCAAAUGAUACCACUGCAGUAACAAAAGGGGACUUUGGAAAAGGUACUCUGCUAAUACACACAGACAGGAUAAAUGGGAAUCUGUCCUGCUUGUACAGUGGUACUGAAGGUGCUGCUCAUGCAGCAAAGGGUUUAAACCCACACUCCACAUCUCAGGUAUGUACAUUGAACAAAGAAGGCCAAAGGAAACCUGAAAAUAUUUUUGUUUCAAGUAAGGAAACUACUGACUCAGAGCCAGGCAAUACAGAAUGCACAUCAGAGGAAUUUAAAACAUGUAAAGAAGUUUUAUUAAAAGACAAUAGACUUGCAGCAGAUGUUACCUCUGGAGACAUGAAACCUAGCAAUAACGAUACCCACAAAAGUGAGCCCGUGUUAAUUGUCAGUGCGCAGUAUGAGUGUGAAGCAUGUGGAACUGAUAGCUUGGAAGACAGGUCUGAAAUAAAAAAAACAGCUGAAUCUGGUCAUCCUGAGAAUAAUUUCACUUCUGAGCUUGCACUGAGUGAGUUAACCAGUCUUGAAAAAACAGCAGAUACAGACAAUAAGACUCUGCUGCCUGUUUUGAAAGCUUUGCCUGCCCACAGCUUGGAAGUGAAACUGUUCGCAAAGGAGCAACGAACUGAAGAGUGUGAAGAAUUUACCCUGAUGUCAGGAGUUAUAAAGAGAUCCUCAUCUAUAAUAUCUGAUUCAGGCAUUGAAAGUGAACCAAGCUCAGUGGCAUGGUCUGAUGCUCGUAGCCGGGCUCUGGAGCUGCCCAGUGAUCGAGAGAUCCUGCACCAUUUGGUACGGAGACACGCCAUCCACCGAAAUUCCUUGGAGGGUGGCCACACAGAAAGCAAUACCAGCUUGCCCAGUGGAAUCCAAGCAUCACUCACAUCCAUUAGCUCUUUGCCCUUUGAAGAAGAGGAGAGAGAAGUGGAGCUUACCAAACUGACCAAGUCUGUUUCAGCUCCUCAGAUCAGUAGCCCAGAAGAGCCUGUGGAGGAGGUGGAUAUAUCCAAACACAGCGAAGCAACCUCAGGAGACUCAGAAGGAUAUUUAAAAAGUUGCAUGGAAACAGAGGACGAAGAUAGGCAAUUAAUCAUGGACUUCUCUGGGUGUCAUAUCACCACUGAAAGUGGACAGCUAGAACCAAAAGGACAUCCCAUACCCACUGCCAAACACAGUAGUGGUCAUAUGGAAUUACACAAGGAGGAGGCAGAGGAAAGUCUUUCAGAGACCUACUGUAGUUUGGAAUGUGCAAAACCACCUGCAUGUCCAAAGUCACUCAGAGAUAACAUCUCUGAAUGCCAGUCACUGGAGAGCAAUGGUGAGUGCAGCUUAAAAACACCAAGGGCUAAUAAUUACUUGGACAAAAGUACAGAAGAGUUUGAUGCAUGCAUCAAGGAUCCAAAGGAUAAACCUAAGCCUGACAGUUUUGAAAUAGAACAAGGCUUUUACACCGAUAUCAGAGUAACAGGAGAGGAGAGUUUCUCACAAAGCAUAAAUGUGUUACCAGAUGCUUGUGAUCCUGUUUCAGCUACUUCAGAGACUUCAACAGAAUUUGUCUCAAUGCAAGGAGAAUGCAGUAGGUCUCUUGCUGAUGAGAGCCAGCUGGUGUACACAGAAAUGCAGGGGUUACAAGAAAUUGAGCUCAAUGACUCACCUGCCUCAGCAGACCCUGCUUCAGGAUCCUACCAGGAUGAAUAUCCUCAGGAACCUGACAGCCAAGACCAUAAACUUGUUGCUAAUGGCACUGGGUUUCAUUCGGUGACGACAGAGGGGGUAGCACUGGAAAGCAGAAAGGCUGUUGAUGUGGUUAACCUCUCUGUCUCUUGCACGGCCACAUGUCUUCCCUUUUCUUCUGUGCUCAAAGAGACCCCUGCGAUGGUCGGCUUCUCUGCAAAGCAGGCUGUGUUCCCCAUCACACGACAGCCUCUAGGCUCCUUUGGAGUUGUUUCUUCUAACUCAAAUGAGGUGGAUGAAGAGGCCAAUGAAAGGAUGCUGAAUUUUUAUCAGGCCAAAGAAAAGUUUAAAAAAGAGAUGAAGAUUGAAGGAUUUCUGUACAGUGACUUAUCUGUACUAGCAUCUGAUAUCCCAUAUUUUCCACCAGAGGAAGAGGAAGAAAAUUUGGAAGAUGGAAUUCACCUGGUUGUCUGUGUCCAUGGGUUGGAUGGUAACAGUGCAGAUCUACGGCUGGUAAAGACUUUUAUAGAACUGGGACUCCCUGGUGGAAAACUGGACUUCCUAAUGUCUGAACGAAAUCAGACUGAUACUUUUGCUGAUUUUGAUACAAUGACUGACCGAUUGUUGGAUGAAAUUAUUCAGCAUAUUCAGUUGUAUAACCUCUCCAUAUCCCGAAUAAGUUUUAUUGGACAUUCCCUUGGUAAUGUCAUCAUCCGAUCUGUACUAACUCGCCCCAGGUUUCGCUAUUACCUCAACAAGUUACAUACCUUCCUGUCCCUCUCUGGACCUCACCUGGGAACACUUUACAACAAUAGUACUUUGGUUAGUACAGGUCUGUGGCUCAUGCAGAAGUUGAAAAAAUCAGGGUCACUUUUGCAAUUGACCUUCAGGGACAAUGCAGAUUUGCGCAAGUGUUUCCUCUACCAGCUCAGCCAAAAAACAGGCCUUCAGUACUUUAAAAAUGUUGUGUUAGUGGCCUCACCCCAAGACAGAUAUGUACCCUUCCAUUCAGCAAGAAUAGAAAUGUGCAAAAAUGCUCUUAAAGACAGACACACAGGUCCUGUUUAUGCAGAAAUGAUUAACAACCUGCUCCAGCCUUUGAUUGGGGCGAAGGACUGCACUUUGAUCAGACACAACGUGUUCCAUGCUCUGCCAAACACCGCCAACACAUUGAUUGGCCGGGCAGCCCACAUUGCUGUGCUGGACUCUGAACUUUUCCUGGAGAAGUUUUUCCUUGUGGCAGGACUCAACUACUUCAAAUAGUGCCUGAAGUAUGGGGUAGCAGAAGCAAACCAUUUCACUGAGUGGAGGAGAAUCCCUUAGCCAAAAGCGUGCAGUGUUAGAAAUGAGAUCAGGUGGGACUUUCAAUCUCUCUCCAUUUCCAUUUCUGUUUCAGAGAAUAAAGUGCUAUGGCUUUAAGGCAUUCAAGCUUCCAAAUAUUGGUGCUUUUGGAAGAAAUAAAUAUUCCUCUUCUGUUUAUAUGUUGUUUGUCCACAUAAAGAUAUGAACUACUUCUGAAGCAGAGAAUCAGAAUAAAGAUGGUUAAUAUUAUCUAAAUGUGAUGGGACCAAUAUGAUCACCAUUUCUCUCAGAUAAUAACCCAGGAAUUUGUCUGUUCUUGAUUUAAUGCUUAUUUACAUUUUAACAAAGCUAUACAUCUGUAGCACUUUGAGGUGGCUAAUACAAGAGGAAACAAAUGUAUAUGAACUCAGGUUAAAACCUCCUUUGCAAUGAAAUGAAAAGUCUAAAAAACAUUUAUGACAAUUUCAACAUUUCUGUUUCUCAAAAGAAAAUGGUUCCAUCAUUGGUAAUCAUUUGUAACAUGCACACAUUCAAAUCAUGGAAAGGGGGGAAAAUAUUUAAUAUAGAAUUAAAAAAAAAACCUUGAUAUUUGACUUAAAAAAAAAAAAACACAACACAAACUUUUAGUUGGGAAGACUUCUUCAAGUUAAAAGCUGCCAGACUGAUGGGAAUCUAUUGGAUUACUUGUGAAAUAUCAGUGGCAUCUGUUAGCACUUCUCCUGUUUACAUUUCUAGAAUACCAUUACUGUGCUUGUUAUUAUAACCUCAGAGGUACAAUUUUCACUUUUAAAUUUGUAUCUAAAUACAUUUACCCCAAGGUAUUAUACGUACAUAUAUAUAUAUAUAUAUAUAUAUACAUUAGUCUGAAAUUCAAAAUCUAGCCAGUAAUACUCCUAAAAAACACCAAUCAGAUGAAAAUAGGUUGGUGACCUAGAGCAGUAAUGAUUGUCAAAAGCUUAAAAACCAUACAUAUGUUUUAGAUUUCUCUGUAAUGCUAUAAUAGGGUUUUACUAAUUCCCAUUUGCAGUGCUAUAACCAGUCCUAAUUACAUGGUUACAGCUGGUCAAAACAGUUAAAAUUUUAUUCAUACAAUGUUAUCAGAAUUCUUUUCAGGGGUUUAGAAAAUAACCCGUUUUUCACUUUUUGUAUUUUUUUUUGCAUUUUUAAUUUGUUUUUAAUCAAAAUGUUGUCAGCAUUUUAAAUGACACAUUUCAAUAACUUUCUAUACAUUUUCAUACCACUUUGAUAAAUUUUCAAUGUCACAGCAGUUUUUCAAAAAGAAGGAGGCAAAUAACUCUUCACAAAUAUUUGUGUUUGGAAGGAAGGUAAUUUUUUAAAGCAAGUGUAAUUUUUUUAAAAACAUAGGUGACCAGACCUCUAUAUCUUGUGAAAAAAUAAAACAAAUGAACAUAAAAAGUGACAAAGUUGGUUCUAGGUUUCAAGACUGUCAUCAGUGAACUAGGAUGAAGAUAGUGGAAAUUUCUGAAAUAAAAUAACUAAAAAAAUAAACCCAAAAUUUUGCAACCCCAGGGAAAUAUUUGUACAUGCAGAAGGUAAAACUAGCUGUGUUUAAAAGAAGAAAAGUGGAAAACUUUUGAAGAACUCGUUCGAGAAAAGAGUUGCUGACAAACUGGGACUAGGGUGGUCUAAUAAUGAAGGCAUGUUUUGAAAUAGAAAGGAAUAAGAAGGAAUAUCCAAAAAGGUAAGACUAAAACAUGAAAACAGAAUGGUAUAUUGCACCUUAAAUCAUCUUCUGCUCUUCAGAGUUGACACUGAAAUUAAAUAGAAGUGGUCACAUGGUGCAUUUCAAUAGCAAUUAGUUUUGUAAACAUUAAAUAUUUCUGCAAUACUUGAAGUAAAUAGGUAGAUACUAUUCUCUUUUUUUCCUUUAAUAAAUUGACAAUUUAAAGCUAAAAGAUGGAUUUGCCCAGUUAAAAAAAAAAUUCUUUGUCAGGAAUCAAGAAUUUCUGGGUCUCACGUAUUGUUUUAGAAGUCUUUAUCACUGUUCCACCUCAACAUUUUAAUGCCAACUAAACUUACACAUCACAGCUUACUUCUUCCUUGGAGAAUUGUUUACACAUUAUUAAAUUUAAUGGGGCAUGGAGGUAAAGCUUUUGUACAGAGGUUUUGAUCCACAGACACAGACUUCUAAGGAGUACAUGAAAAGCAAGAAAGAAAAGCAAUCCCCAAUCAUUAGCAGUCUUUAGUGAUUUAUAUGGCGAUCUAUUCCUCUUUUAGAAAAUUUUUGGGAGUCUGCACAUGGAAAAUUUUUUAAAUUGUUGAGAGGCUAUUUUACAAAUAUAUACAUACCUAAUGCGUGUGUGUAUUUGCAAUGCAUACAAAGAAGUAUGCUUAUUUCAAGGUCAAACAUUCCAUGUUUUUAAUCAUGAAUAUAAUGGAUAUGACAACAUACUGGUGUAGUGCUUCUUAAAAUCAUACAGGUGGUUUCUUGCCUUGCCUUGUACAUUAGACGGCAUUCCUAGCCUUCUAUUUAUGUACGUGUGGAAGAGGGGAAAUGUGAAAAAGUCUCUUUUGUAUUACUGCAGAAAUUGGUAGCCCUUUUGGUACGUUCAGUUUCACACUGUACACUGCUACCAGUGCUGUGACUUAUGGACAAACAUACCUAAAAAUGUCCAUGUAUCUGUCCAUAUACUGUUCUUCCACAGCUUAGAGUCUGAUUUCAGUGGAGUUGGAUUAGGUUCAUUCAACUUGCUCCUUAGAGGGUGUGAUAGAGAGCUUCUAUAGAGCCUCAGAAAAAUCUGGGAGAUGUCAUUCCUGUGAAAUGAUAUGACACAGAUUUUAUCUUCCUUAUGCUGCCAGAACGUUGUGGGAUAUAUUGGCAAUAACUGUCUAGCUUAGCAUUCAUUUUGAGGUUCUCAGAAUAGUCUCCCUUUCUUUUAUGCUUUUUAAUGGGAUAUUGCCUUGAUAAUGACACAGAAUAUAGUAAAUCUUCUCUAAUGGUAUAGACUAUAUUGCAAAGAAAUCCUCAUUGUCAUUAUAAUGUAAAUAACAUCUGAGUGGUUGCACUUCAUCAAAAUAUAGCAAUCAACAUGGAAUCAUUUUUAGAAGUUUUUUAUAUAUUGAUUUAUAUGGAGAGAAAUAUAAUAUUAGAAUUAUCUUCAUAGGAGAUAUCAAAAUAACUGCACAGUAAGCUUUUGUGUUUCUGUGUUUUGGAAUUUUAAUGUAUUGGCCUGUCACAUAAAGUCACUUUAAAUGGAUUUAAUUGCAUUUUCAGUAUUGAUACAAGGAUUUCCCUUCAAACUUUACAAUCUCCGCUUGUUUUGGUAUAUCCAUGGAGGCUGUGCUUAAUUUCUUAAGUGAAGCUCAUACAUUCACAAGAAGACAUUUUUUCAAGAGGUUGGACAGAAUGGAGAACGUGCUUGUAUUUGAAGUGAAACUCCAUCCACUUCUUUGUGUCUUUUCUCUAGAUAAGAUAAAACACAGAAGACAAUGCAGGGUUGUUUCUGAGCACCUGGGUGUGAUGUCUUAAAACCAGCAUGGUAGACCUCCUGACUCCAACUGGUAAAAUUAACUUGUCUAGUAAGGUUUGACAGUGUUAAAUAUGAGGUAUGGGCUAUAUGAGAAAAUUCUUUCAAGGAAGAUGCACAGGCCAUGGUAAAUUACCUUACAAGUAAUUGAAAACCUCCACACAGAGUAGUAUCAUCACACUUAACCUUAGAUAAUUAUGGUAUAGAAGUAAUUUUGUGACCUGGUAGGAGAGACUUUUAGGGUCAGUGGAAGGAAAGAUACACUUUUAGGGUGUGCUUUGUCAGAUCCGUUUUAUUUGUCUGUUCUAUUUUUCUUUAUGCCUGUUUUCUCCACUGACUAUGCAGGAUACCAGAUUUUGUCGUCUACUUUCUAGAUACCUAAGCUUGAUCAGAUGAGGCCACCACACCAAAAUUUCAAAAUUUCAAAAUAUCAGUGGGAGUCCCCCACCGAUUUCCCACUGGAAAUCUUAUGGGAAUCCAUCCCCACUCCAAAGGCCUUAAUAAAGCCUACUGUACCUACUGUACACUUGCCUUUGAAGCUAUCUCCUUUUCAGUUUCACAGUUAUCUAGGUUGAAAUAGCACAGUAAUUCUGGAAGAAAGAAUAUUUAAAAUCUCACCAAUUUUAUUGACAAAGUACUUAGAAUGAGACUACUGAACUCUGUUUUAUAAGGGUUUAAUCUCUUUUGAAACAGAAGAAUUAUUUCUUGAAUACAAAUGGAAAGACAUUGCAGUAUUGACUAAAUGUGAGUAGGUGAAGGACAAAAAGGGUCUAGCUCCUCCUGCGGCAGUCUUAAGGAUCUUCAAGAGUCUGUUUCUUAAUCUCUUAGUAAUUGCUGACUGCCCUUCACAAAACCUGGAGAAACCUCUAGAGAUGUUUCUGCUUGUAGAGUAGAAAUUAGCCUGUUUAUUUUUAUUACCUAAUUUGUGCUUAAAAAUUAGUUUCAAAAUUACUUUGUUCAACUAAAGGAAGUGUCUAAGUUCUUACUGUAGUCAAUGAAGAGAGGUAAGUACUCUGAAGGAGUGCUCCUGUUUUCUCCUUUGGUGGCCUUCAGAGUCACUUGCCUCUCUUCACUAAUUUAUUGUAAGGCUCAUUUUUGGGUCCCUAAGGUGUUGGCAUAAUGUAGAGGACCGACACUGGUGGACUGGUUGGAAAACUGAUCUGUUUUUCGUAAUUAGGUGUGAAUUUGGACUAGUACAGUUGGAUCAUAAGCAAGCACUGAAGAGACAAACAGGUUCCUUUAAAGUUGGACUGAAAAUGUGUCUUUCCCAGCCUCCAAUGGUGCCAAUUUCUCUUUAACAAAACUGUUAAUAUGUUUUUAAAAUCAAGUCUUUCCACUGACAAAAGUGGAAGCUGAAAUUGCUUAGCUUUCAAGGAUUGUAUCUUAAAGGCUUGAAACCUUAGCACAGAGCCUUGGAAAUUACUAGUACAAAUGCUGAGUGCUACUUUACUUCAAAGCACAUCCUAAGUAUCAACUGACCAAUCCUCUUCAGCAUUUCCUUGCUAGAGAAGUGCCAAGCUUGAAAGAGAAAGCUAUCACAAGAUUAUGUGAAAACUGGGAAUUCAGGCCAAAGCUUUCAUUAGAAUUUGUAGGUUCCUCUGUUGCUUUCGGCAAGUUAAGAAAAGAAGAUCUCUUCCUUUCUACUGCUGCAUUUGAAGUAGCUAAGUGGUGAUGCAAGAAGAAAAUAAGUACUUCUAACAGAGUUAGACCCUUGUGAAAGUUUACGUAAAUAUCCCAUGAAACAUUAUAUACAUUGAAUAGUCAUGGGGCACUUCUACAGUGGUCUCAGCAUGCCAAUAUGUGCCAGCCUAACUGAGAGAUUAUUUUCUUUAUGGACUUAAAUUUCCAUUUGAAAAUGAUCAUCAGAACAGACCAUGAUAUUUCACUCCUGCUGGUUAUUUGGAGCCUAAAGGUCAUGUUCAUAGAGAGCUCUCUAAGAGUGUUUUAUUUCAGUACAUAUACUCAGCAGUUUUGAUAUUGAAUGCUGUUAAGUAACUGUCAAUUCCUAGCUCAAUCUUCAAUAUUUAUUUACCACUCUCUUUUGAAUCAAAUGUUGUGACCACAGCAAGAUUGUCCCUCUUGCUCUGUUCUUUGACUAUGGUUCCCAAAACUUGCGAUUUCUUGAGUAGCCUAAAUGGCCCCAAGCUACUAUUCUGUCUUGCCCAUUUGUACAGUCACUUUUCCAUUAUCUGAUUACAUCUCCUGCCUUUUUUUUUUUUUUUUUUUUCCUACAGCUCCCAUGAAUUCCUUUUCUCUUCAUCAUUCAGUCCUUGCCUUCAUACAAAGCUACAGCACCGUCCAAGUGCCCAAACACCUUUAGUAUUCUCAAGAUUAACCCUGGUCUUGUCCACAUAGUUGAGCAGUUAGAGGAAAUAGUCAGAAGGGUCUUAUGCAGUCUUUCUGCACUGUUAUGGAUCUGCCUCCAGGUAUUAGGAAAGUCCAUUGGAUAGCAGCUCUGGUCCUGACUGGUGCCUUUGCCCUGGGAAGGAGGGAGUCACUGGCAAUCAACUCUCAUCACAUCCUCUUCCUAUCUCAGGUCCUAAUCUGGACAGCUGGAGCUGGAGCUGUCCUCCUGUUGCCAGAAUUUGUAAACGUGUAGAUUGCAUCCCCCUGUGAGUUCAUCUUUACUUCUUGAUCCUUUGAUCCUUGAUCUUGGUUGAAGUAGUUACACCAGCAAGGGCAAAGAGUUGUGACCUGUGUCACACCACCACCAUUGGUGGGCCUCUCUUUCAGCACACAAUACAUGUGGGACUACAUUACACCCCUGGAACACCCACAAUGAUGCUAAUGGCUUCCCUCCUGGUUUUCCAUAUUUUUAUUUUACGGUCAUUGGUAAUCUUCAGGCACAAAUAACAAUACAUAGAGCCUAAUGUAAGUCUUGUUCACACUGGCAUGAGUGACAGGUAUGUUCUCUUACCUUUUGAUCAUCAGGUCCAUGGCAUGUUGCUUCCCAACAGGUUGUGGUCUGAAAUAGAUGCUGCUGCUGUUUCUUUUCUUUUUUAAGACUAUAUAAUACAUGUGCAGUUCCCUAACAGAAGUCAAUGCACUGAAUUGAAAUGCUUAUGAAAACAGUUUAAUCAUUGUAUAGCUGCUUUAAAUGCAGGUGAGUCAGGCCUUCCCUUCAUAGGUUAAGAGGCAUAAAGAAUAAAUAUGUAUAAGCUCUGCUUAUGAAAAAGGUCAAACUGAAUUAACUCCUAUUACAACCUUGAAACUUGAUUUAUCUGCUUUUGUGAAUUCCACUCUACUUCUACCCAAAACACUGGAAGAUCCUAUUAUCUGUGCAGAAAACUAAUCACUUCUGUGCAAAACUGAUUCCCACAAGUAGAUAAACGUGCCAGAAGUCCAUUAGGUAUAUGCAUGGAGCUGUACAUCUUCAAGUAGCUUCUGCUUCUGAAAAUGUGAAACUGUGACGUAGUAAAUAGGACUAUUCUUACUGAGUCUGGCAUGCAGUUCAGACUUUGAGAGCUAUCAACUGCAAACACAAAUAGCUUUUCCAUAUUAGCAAACAAACCUCCCCAAAGUCUAUGAAGAAGUCCAGCCUCAAGCAAUUUUUUAUGUUUUAUUUAUUUAUUUUUUGAGUGGGUGGUUCAAAUACUGUGAUGGUCUCACUUUUCUCCAUUACCUAUACAUGUGGUUAGUCUAAUAAAUAGAAUAGCCAAGAGGUCCAAUAUUUCAAUUUUUGUAGUAGUUUCUGUCAAUUAAUUUAAGAAGCUUUUAAUUCCUUCCUGAAUGCUAAAGUACUAGUAGAAAUCUACUUGUCCCAAUUCAGAAGAAAUGCUCACUCACUCGUACUUUUUUCUUUGUAAUGUGGAUAACAUUACCUGCAUUACUCCUAAUGGUGGAAAGAUGUCAAGGCAUUUCUGAUACACUACCAUAUAUGCAGCUACAUGCACUACAAAGGUUGAGGAAGAGAUAAGGGGAAUCUUUUUGAUCUGAGAUAUAUCAUCACUUUCAGUAAAAAUGAUAAAAAAAUAGGUCUUGUAUGCCCCACAUACCAUUUGUGUGGUAUGCCUAACAUCCCUAUGCAUAUAGAAAGUGUCCUUUCCCCGAUGUAAUGUAUGUUAUAAUCUUAUAUGUAAUGAAUGUAUGUUCCCAUAUGUAGAGUAUGUACAUGUAUAGCAUACCUUACUUUGAAGCUCGUGGUGACUUGAAUUUCAUAGGUUUCUAUUCCUUUUUGGAGGAACAUUUUGGUUAUCUUCCAGAGCUCCUGUGAAAGAGCAGUUUGCUGGCUUCCUCCACCUCAUUGGAGGAGAGAGAUUGGUUUGGACAAUGUCAGCCUCUUGGCAGACCAUUCAUUGACUAAUCUUAUCUAAGCAGUCUUGAAUUUGGUGGGUGUUAUCUACCAACUCCAUGGCUCCAAGGUCAAUGUAAUGUCAAACCCAGCUGCCCUAUCUUCUGAGACAGGAAGCUUGUCACCAUUUUUAAAUUUUUCUUGACAUCCCUCCUCUUCAACCAAGCAUUUAUUUUUAAGCUGAUGGACCAGUAAUUUAUCAGCUUUACAAUUCUGCUUGCUAAUUUUAGCCUUGUGUGUAUUUGGUUAUUCAUACAGUCUGGGGAAUUAGCUAUUUCCUUCUUCUGCUGUUAAAUCUCCUUAUGAAGUAUGAAGGAGAUCAGUCUAGACAAACCAGGGUACUCCUUUGCAAAUGUCUUGAAAAAAAUAAAUAAAUCACAUCACUGAUAGUGUUUUCGAGGUUCAUUUUUCGCUGAUUUACCAAGAAAGAAGCAAUACUGGUAAUUUGUCCCAUGACUUUUAGGAUUAUCCAGUUAAGUAAGAAUCUGGAUGUAGCUCUGAUAAAAGACAAAGAUGCAGGAUAAAUCAUCCUAUAAUAUUUUUGUAUGUUUGGGAGAAAUAUUGAUCCAAAAUCAAAAUAAAAGAGCAUAUUCCUAAACACAAAGUUCAGAGAUAAACUGAAAUCCAUAUCUAUGUUUUGUUGCUUGUAUUCAACUUUUAAUAGCAAGCUUUCUUAAAUGACGAGCAGUUUAAUGGUUCAGAUUAACCCAGGACUGGGCUUCAUUGACUUCAGUAAUGAAUCCAUUUAGUACUGAAGUUUUUUUUAACCCUAGUCUUACGUACUUGUCUUACUAGGCCUCUAUCAUCUGCUUAAAUCUGUUAACAUAUACUCAAGUAUUAUUAUUUUUUUUAAAUCUGACAUUACAUCUCCAUCUUCCCAUUUAUGUUUGGAUAAUUAGUGGCAGCAUCUAAGAUAUCAGAAAAUGUAAUUUUCCCUAUAAUCAGAAUUACCUUUAUCAAACCCUUAGUUGGGAGGACUUGCUUGCUGGAGAACUUUCUGUUUUCCUUAGAAGGAACAUGUAACAAGUUUUUAGGCAAUUCACAGGAGUAAGUGGAUCUCUGCCUCAUCCUAUCUCUCUAUUUCUUGCUGCAAAUCUCACACUCAGGUGCUUAAAAUCAGAAAAAUAGCGUUCAUAUUCCAAACAAAGCACAUCCAUGAGGCAGGUCUUGCUUGCCAUAUCUUUCCUUGUAUGUGAUGUACAUAGGCAAUUGCUAUUUUUGAUGUUGGAACCAUUAUGUUGGUUUGAGAGUCUUGGAAAACGUGAUGAAACUCCUUUUUCAAGUUUAUUAAAAUUGUAACCCUCAAAAUCAGCCUGUAACUUUUUAAUAGUUAAGGUUAGCAAGGUCACCAGAAAUAACUUCUCAACUGUACAGUAUCUAUUCAAGUGGAACACCUUACAUUGCUGGAUUAUUUCUCAGCUCAAUGGCAACACCUAAAAUUGGAUCUUUACUGUUCCUCAACAGACAUGUGGAAUAGAAUUUGCUGGACAGAAUCACAGUUCUGUGAAGAUCCCUAUUAUAUGUUAUGAAAAAAUUAUGUUUUAUUUACUAUACUAAUUAACAAGAUAAUAACCCUUAGUACUAACCCCCUCCUUUUUCCUCUAAGUGAUUAGCUCUGAAAGUAGUUUUCUUUAAGUAUACUUUUACAUUUCUUAGUUAACAAGGACAAGGUUAGAAUAUUCUAAAAAUAAAUACAUAUUUUAAAAUAAACAACUGACAUAAAUAAUACUGGGCUGAAUUUCAAGCGAUAAAUUCAUCAUCAAGCAGUUCAAUUUCAAAACAAAGAAACAGACAAACAAAUGAAGAGGCUGACCCUUGGACUUAAUAACUGUUUGUACCCAUGCAUAGUGGAUGUGUUAUACUAUCAUUGGACAAUGUGUCCAUGUUUGUACACACAGGAUGCAAAGCAAUGCAUCAGAAAUAUAUUGUUCUCCAAGUAUUUCCUUUAAGGCUGGUUGUUCAGGGUGAGCAAUAUGCAUGAUAUAAGUGAUGCAUGUACAACCUUCUGCAAAUUUGGGUCUAAAGACAGUAACUUUAUACUGAGUUUGAACUUUGCAGAUGACUAAUCUAUGGUAUUUUAAAGUAUAACCAUUUCUGUGGUCUGAAUAUGAGUACAACUGAUUCUGUCAUGUGACACUAGAGGUUGUAUUUUUAAAUGAUAUAUUAUUACAUUUGAUUGAGGCAGUUAUGCUUCUCACAAAUUGUAUUUCAAAUCAGACAGAAGAGGCAAUAAUUAGAGUCUGUGAGCUUGGAAAAUCUGUACCGUUUCUUUGUUUAUUUUUAAGAAGACUCUUUUUAAGAAGAUCUACAACAUGUGUUCUGUUCUGCCUCACUCUAAUUUACUUUCCUUUCCCUAAUGAACAUUUGUCAACUGCCAUACACUUCAAUUUUCUUUAACUGCGUCUGUCAAGAUUUAAGUAAGAUAUAUCAAAAACCCAAACUGAUCUCACAAAGUGGGAACAAAUGAAGUUGAGUCAGUUCCGUGACAUUUUAGGGAAAAUGCAGACACAAAUCAAUUUUCUUGAAAUGUAUGUUCUGACUCAACAGCAUCCACAAAGUCUUGACUAAAGGUCUGAUCCUGAGAAAUGCUGCUCAAAUGCACUUUUGUUAUAAUGGGCCAGAUCCCCAAGUGGGUUAACCUGAUAAAGCAGUUUAUACCUCCUAAGGAUCUUGCUGAAUGGCAGCCAGUAGCAUUCAUGGCAUCUCACAGUUGGACCACCAGAAGAUAACAAAUAUCCUGGGUUCUUUCUAAGGCCAAUUUUCAAAUUGGUCAAUUAUGUUUUAGAAGUAAUGUCUAUUUAGACAAAUGCAGACCUCUUCAAGGGAUCAAGUCAAUGGAUUAAUGUGGACAGAUCCUUAUAGGUUAAGGGAAAGGGCUUUUAAUUUUUAAAUCUACUACUUAGAAUCAUGAUCAUACAAAAAAAAAAAAAAAAAAAAAAAGAAGUGAAGAAACCUGACAUGGUCCCUUGUAUAAACAAGAUCAUGAAUGUAAAGCUUAUAAUGCCACUGUGAAAUUUUAAUGCUUAUUUAUUAUGGUUAUGAUGAAACCUGUAUAAUAAGAUGAUAAUAAUAAUGAAUAGUCAUCAGUGCCAAUAUGAUUCUACUAUUUUUCUACAUAUGCUUUAUUGUGGCAUUUUGUGUAGCUUGUGUUCUGUGUAAAGAAAUGUCAAUAAAAUCUUUGCUUCCUUUUGUCUGUA